ACCGAGUCUGCCAAAUGUUGCGUCGUCUCCAAGUUAGAUUGAUUCACCAACCGAGCAUCCAAAGAACUGAUUCCAUUUCUGUAAUCGGAGUGUGUUACAAGCUCACCUGACGACAAUGGCUUCUGUGGACCAAAGCCCUUCAGCUAAGCGUUGGCUUCCUCUCGAAGCUAACCCUGAUGUUAUGAACCAGUUCCUUUGGGGUCUUGGUCUUCCAGAAGAUGAAGCAGAGUGCAAUGAUGUUUAUGGCUUGGAUGAAGAACUCUUGGACAUGGUGCCUAAGCCUGUACUGGCGGUGGUGUUUCUUUAUCCCAUAACUCAAAAGUGUAAAGACGAGAGGCUGCAACAGGAAGAAGAUGCAAAGAAUGAUUAUAGUGAUCGAGUAUACUUUAUGAAACAAACUGUUGGCAAUGCCUGUGGAACUAUUGGACUUCUUCAUGCCAUAGGGAACAUUACUUCCGAGAUUAAGCUUUCCGAGGGAUCGUUCUUGGAUAGGUUCUUCAAGUCUACCAAAAGCAUGGAUCCGAUGGAGCGUGCAGUAUUUCUUGGGGAAGACAGAGAAAUGGAAGUUGCACAUUCAGUAGCAGCAAAUGCUGGUGAUACGACGGCUCCAGAAAAGGUCGAUACUCACUUUAUCUGCUUCUCAUGUGUGGACGGUGUACUUUAUGAGCUCGAUGGGAUGAAGUCGAUGCCAAUAUCACACGGUGCAUCAUCACCGGACACUCUAUUACAGGAUACAGCCAAAGUCAUAAAAGACAUAAUCUCGAAAAAUCCCGACUCGCUGAGAUUCAAUGUCAUUGCCAUUUCAAAGAAAGUCGGGGAUGCAUCUUAAGGCGACCAGGUUUGAUCUGAUUUAGUCUUUGCAUCAAUGAACAAGUCCUAUGCGUAAUUAUCGCUUUACGUAGAUGCAUCUAUGAGAAGUCUGUUGAGAUGAAGGAAGUGUUUAAUAUUUGCAUCAAACUGUGUUUUGUGUGGUUUCAGAAUUUGCUAAUGACUAGAGAAGUUGUUCAUUGCUUUGGUAUGCAAGGUGAUAUUGAUUGAGUCUAAAA